AGCUUUCUCCCAGGCGGAUGGGGCGGACCUUGCAUCGGAAGUCUUGCGUGGAUGAGCCGGGAGCGCACUCCCGAAUUGGGGCUUUAAUUGAGCCCAUUCCAUGCUAAAGCUAUGCUCCCGGACCCACUGUCCCGACAGGAGGCAUGAUUCUCUGGCGGGCAUACCAGCAAGCACUGGCUGCUCACCCAUGGAAGGUGCAGAUUAUCACGGCUGGUUCCCUGAUGGGGAUAGGUGACAUCGUCUCUCAGCAGCUGAUAGAGAAACGGGGUUUAGAGAAGCACCAGGUCCGAAGAACCCUGACCAUGGCUUUUAUAGGCUGCAGCUUUGUGGGCCCUGUGGUAGGUGGCUGGUACAGGGUUUUGGACCGAUUUAUCCCUGGCAACACCAAAGUGGAUGCACUGAAGAAGAUGGUCAUCGAUCAGGGGGGCUUUGCCCCAUGUUUUUUGGGGUGUUUGCUCCCAGUGAUUGGAACGCUUGAUGGAUUAUCAGUCAAGGACAACUGGGCCAGACUGCAGCGGGAUUACCCUGAUGCCCUCAUCACCAACUAUUAUAUUUGGCCUACUGUGCAGUUGGCCAACUUCUAUCUCAUCCCCCUUGUUUACAGGUUGGCUUUUGUCCAGUGUGUUGCUGUUAUCUGGAACACCUACCUAUCCUGGAAGUCGCAUCAAUCCUGACUCUUCUCACGCCUCCCACCUUGGAGCCGUACUUCUGGACACGGGGAUGGGUUCAGAUGUCUUCAGAGCACUCAGAUAGUUUUCAGGAAGCCAGCCACUGGACAGAAAGGACUUCUGGGAUGGAACACUGAAAUGAAUCAGUUCCCCCUGUGAAAUGUAAAUAAAUGGUACAACUUUGCAGGUAGUUUUAGAAAAGGAAAAUUGAAUGUAUCUUGCUUCCCUUGCUACCAUUAUGUGCAGUCUUUGUCUGAUUCUCUGCUCAUCUCUUCUUAACCCAUCCCCCUCCAAGGGGAUUCACCCUAGACCUUCACAGAUACCUCUACCUUAACUAAAUGGCAGAGAUAAUUGAUAAGGUUUCUGGCUUUGAACACAGAAUACGGUUCCAACAGAAACUUAAUCAAAGGCCUGUGAUGCUGUUUAGUAUUCCAUCCUACUCUUUAGUCCUCCCUGACCUGGGAAAAAUUGUUAGGCUGAAGGCAGAACUCAGCACCUAUUCUUUUCCCACCCUUCUUCCCUGGUUUAAGAAUUAAAAAAAAAAAAAUCGA